GAGGGGGAGGGGGGAGGGCACUUCAUCAUGAGGCGAUGGCUGCACAGCCGUGACAUCACCCUGAGGCUUAUAUAGUUGGGGAAGGGUCCGGGUCCCCCAUCUGGUGCCUGCUGCUGCCCGCUAGUGCGUGUGCUGAGGCGCGGAGCGGCGGCACUCUCUCUGUGUGUCUGUCUGUCUCUCUCUCCGUCUCUCCCCAGGAUUUAUGGACUUUACUUUCUAGAGAGCGGCGCGGCAAGGAUGAAAGCUCAGCUGGUGUGCGUGGUGCUGCUGGCCUUGGCCUCCUGCAGCCUCUGCUCAGAUUCAGAAGAGGAAAUGAAAGCACUAGAAACAGAUUUAUUGACCAAUAUGUAUACAUCAAAGAUGAACAGAGCAAAACUUUCUUACUGGAAAGUGACCCUGCUAAAUGUCUGCAAUCUUAUCAACAACAUGAACAACCAGGUAGGGGAAACGGUAGAGGUAGAUGAUGAGGAUCUCAUUUCUGGAAGACAGUUCCCCGCUGCUAUGGAUGGCUUCAGCUUGGAAGCAAUGCUGACAGUAUAUCAACUCCAAAAAGUUUGCCACAGCAGAGCCUUUCAGCACUGGGAGUUACUUCAGCAAGACACUUAUGAUCUAGAAAAUUCAAGCCAAGAAAAGGAAAUAAUGAAAAGAAAAAAUCCUUAUAUUCUGAAACGUCAGCUGCACGUGAACAAAGCUAGAAGACCAUACAUACUCAAGAGAAGUUCAUAUUACUGAUGCAGCAGAGGAAAACAAUGUGUAUUUAGUUUAUAGGUAACUGUGUGUUAUAGUUAUCUUAUUUAACUUUAAAAUCAUACCUGUGUGAAAAUAUUCUAUGGAAGAUCAUCAAGAUGAUAACAUAACUGUGUCUUUUUUGCAAUUGCUGUUUCUUGAUUGUGAUUUUUUCCUACCUGAGAUUAAUUAGACCAAUACAUUUUCAAAUAAAUCUAGUUUCUAAGCAUGAUGUAUUGUACACAACUGAGAUUUCAACCUAUUUCCAACAAUACAGCAGCCUUUUCCAAUUUUAGAAAGUACACUGUCAUACACUGAGAAAAUUGAUACCAUCCAUAAAUCUUACUGAAAUUCUUAACAAUUUCUUACAGAAACACCUGAAACAUAUAGGCUUGCAAUUUUUUAUAUGGUACAGUAGUCAGGCCUGCCACAGUAUUUUAUAUAUUGCCCAGUUUAAACUAUUAGAGAUUAGAUCUAAAUAAAGAGAGCAAUAUGGUCUACUAUUAAAUGGCAUUUUCAAAGGUCAUAUUUAAAAUGUCCUGCUUGUAAGUGAAUUUAAGUUCUUGAUUCUUAACUUGUCUCUGAAGAGCCAUAAUUUAAGGAAAUACAGUAAUGAGACUUCAACAAAGUAUGCUGCUGAGAGCAAAGGCAGAUAUGCUUCAGAAUCCUGGAUAUCACUGGUUAAAUAAGGUUAAGAGUUUAAAUAAUCAGUAAACUAAUUUAUGGUGUUUACCUAAUAUAUGAAUGCUCAGGAAAAAAAAAAAAUAAAUAAAGACAAAAAAUAAAACAUGAUUCAUGCUCCUGUGGUGUUACUGGAAAAUCAGUAUACUAAUCCAGUUACAUGAGAAAUUUUGGAAAAAUAUUUAAAAUAGGACUUUAGUAAGAACAACUUAAAUUUACUAUUGAAAUCUAUUUCCCCCUUUCUCCCUCUACAAAUUUGUUAUGUCAACAAGUAGUUCUGGAAGUUAAAAACAACCUCGGAAUUCCAUAGACACAAGGAAGAUUUCAGCAUGAAAAGAGGUGUUUUCAACCUCUAAAGUACUCAAGAACCACUCAAAAUUCACACUCCAUCCAUCCCUAAAUGUCUGAUCAUUAUAUCAGAUUUGGGAUCUCAUGCUCCUGGAUUUCAGCUUGGAAAAGAGUCUGAAAGAACUGAAUGAACCAAUACCUAAAGUAGAGCGAGAGACCGUGAUCCAUGAAACCUUGAUUCCCAAGCCAGGAGACAAAAAUUGGGAAUAGACAUUGGUUUUCAAGGCUGCCUGUUUUCUGCUUGAGGUAUUUCCUCAGAGUGUUCCAAUAAAUGACCAGAAGAAAUCACCCAAGGAAUUACCAUAUUCUCUCAUACAUCAGAUUUUCUGUCAGUUACUGUUAAACAUAUAGAAGGGUACACUUGUAAAACAUACCCAUAUCAGUGAUGAUACCAACUUUGAUAAAUGGAGAGGGAUUUAUUUAUUUAUUUAAUUUUAAUUUAUUUUUACUGUGAAAUGUAUUUUCUCUGCUCCAAAGCUAAUUCUGUUUUCUCAAGUGUUAUUAGUCAGUUUAUUUAUUAAGUAGGCACUAAGAGCAUGCAUUCACAAGAUAUAACUGAGCAUACACUAAUUACUAUAAUAAUCAUAAUUUGAAACAGCUAAGUAUUUAAGCACAUUUUGUUUCAAUGAUUUAAAUGCUUAAUGAACUUAAGAGCUUUGCUUAAAUAUGGCUCUCAUAGAAUCAUACCCUUUGAUUUUUAUUUUUAUGAAAUGGUUGUAGAAUUAGACUAGAGACACAGUAUGUUCUCAAAUGAAGAACAUCCCUCUUUCUAUAAACCUACGAGCUCUAUGGUUCCACUAUGACAGCUUAAAUUUCAAAUUACCUGUUGAUUUGAAGUAACAAGGCGAAAUGUAGCUUGUUCUAAAAUUUAGUUCAAGUAAUAUUUGAGGGGAAAAAACAAACAAACAAACAAAAACCCUAGGUGUUCUUCAGAUGAUUAUUUUGUAGAGAACAGGGAAAAAAAAGAAAAAAAAAAAAAGUUGCCAGGUUAUAAA